GCUCCCAAGGAAAACAGCACAUUUGGAAGCAUGUCUGCAUAGCUGAACCAGUUUGUUUGCUGUAUUUUAUUUCCUGCAAGAAAAUGAGCUACAACCUUUUUCUCCUGGCUUUUGUCCUGGGCAUGACUGGAACCUUCCACUAUGGAUUGCAGGUCUCCAUUAUCAAUUCUCCUGCUGAGUACAUCCAAAGUUUCAUCCAUGACACCUGGCUGAAGAGAUAUGGCUCCUCUCCCAGUGCAGACAUGGUCACUUUGAUGUGGUCCCUCAUUGUGUCCAUCUACAGCAUCGGGGGGCUCCUGGGCUCCUCCUCUGCUGGGUACCUGUGUGUUCGGUUUGGGAGGAAGAAGGCCAUGCUGCUCUCCAACAUCCCUGCUCUGCUGGGUGCAGUUCUGAUGGGACUCAGCCGGCUGUGUGGAUCUUUUGAGAUGAUCAUUGCUGGAAGGUUGUUCUCUGGAGUCUGUGGAGGUUUAACUCAGAAUGUCCAUAUCAUGUAUGCUGGGGAGUGUGCCCCACGGAAGCUCCGUGGGCUGAUUGCCAUAACAGCUGCUACCUUCUCUGCUCUUGGAAAAUUUGUAGGAUUUGCUCUGGGUCUCAGAGAAGUCCUUGGAGUGGAGGCUCUCUGGCCCAUUCUGCUGGCAGCCAAUGCAGUCCCUGUCCUUUUUCAGUUUCUCACCCUCCCCUUCUUCCCAGACUCUCCCCGCUACCUGCUCAUUGACCAAAAGGACAAGGAGGCAUGCAUCAAAGCUGUGAAGCAGCUCUGGGGGGACGGGGACCAUCUGGCUGAAAUCAAUGACAUGAUGUCAGAGCAGAAAGCCAUCGGUGGCCAGAAGGAGAAGAGUGUCUGGGAGCUGCUGCGGGACAGAGCCGUGCGCUGGCAGCUCAUCACCCUGCUCCUCGUGGUCUCCUGCAUCCAGCUCAUCGGGGCCAACGUGGUUUACUCUUAUGCAUACAGUAUCUUUACAAAGGCUGGAAUCCCCCCCACUCAAACCCAUUACGUCUCCCUGGGGAUCGGGACCACUGAGAUCCUCUCUACAGUUCUGUGUGGCUUCCUCAUCGAGCGUGCAGGGAGGAAGACACUGCUGUGGAAAAACUACGCCGUGAUGGCCUUGGCUCUAGGGCUCCUCACAGUCACGCUCUCGCUGCAGGACUCCUUUUUCUGGGUACCAUACUGCUCUGUUGCACUUGUCUUUAUUUUCAUCAUGAGCUUUGGCAUUGGGCCAGGUGGAGUAGUAUGCCCCUUGAUCACUGAAAUAUUUAUUCAGUCAUACAGACCAGCUGCUUACGUUUUUAAUGGUGUUGUAAACUGGCUCCAACUCUUCAUCCUUGGGCUUGUGUUCCCUUUCAUUGUGGAAGGGCUUGGUAAUUUCUGUUUCAUCAUUUUCCUGACAUACUGUCUGUCCAUGGCAAUUUUUGUACUCCUGGUGCUGCCAGAGACCAAAGGAAAGACCAUGCUGCAGGUCAAGGAGGACUUCAACCGCCUGAACUACCGUGGAAAGAAGGGGCAGGCAGCCCUACAGCAGAGUAACUGCUCAGUGGUGACUGUUACUAGGCUUUAAGAUCAAACCCUCCACUUCAUAUUUUGCUCUUUUAUUACUGUAUUGCCCAGAAGUCUCACUAAGCAAGAGAGAAUCUAUAGAUCCACCAAAAAAUCACCUUCAGUACAGGGUGCAGUAUGAAUUUGGUGGUUCUCUCCAGAUCCUGAAAUAUGAGCUGAAUUAAUUCCUCUGCAGAAAAAAAUUAAACACAGUUUGUAGAGAAAAUAAGAUCUUUGUCAGUCCCUGCAAGCUUGCAGUUAUAAACUGAAAACACAGGAUCUGCUAUUUUCUUGGCAAAACCAGGUGCCACGGUUGGCAGAAGUGAUUCUGGAAAGUCCAGAGGUACAGCAAACUUGCAAAGACGACAGAGCUAUGACACUAAAAUUAUCUGCUCCUAUUAACAAGUCAGUGCCAAAGAGUUUUCCCAGAGCAGAAGCUUCAUUUCACAGGAAAAGAAGCAUUUAGCUCUUUAAUCCAGUGAAAGAAGAGUGCCAUGCCUAGCAGCAGGCAGACUCAACAUGCAAUGUUCCCCCACGUUUACAGUCUUGGACAUUAUUCUGUUGGGAACAACAGGGAUAUGUCAGCACUGAAAGAAAGCAAUGAGCAAAGAAAGCAGGGCAGCAGGAAAUCAUGAGUGGGCAAAUCCAGAGUGCAGAUUCUCCUUCUCCAUUGGCAGUGACUGUGCAGUGUCCCUUCAGCCCGGAGAACGCUGGGUUUCUGUGGGAUUGAGCCCUGAGAGUGACUGGUACUGGUGAGCCAGAGAAGAGGGAAUUUAAUCCAUGUGUGGGACUGUUUGCUUCUCUUUCCAGGUCUCUGAAUACUUCACAUUUUCAUUAUUAAACCUGGUAAAAACGGCUUCACAUCUGUGUUCAUUGCUAUAUGACAUGACAUUUUUUUUGUCUUCUUUAUAGUUCAAAGUUUUCUGAUAAGGAAAUAAAAAGCAGUGACUAGGAAAACACAUCCUUCUGAUUGUGCCUGGAUUGAUUUUUAUUGACUGAAGAGUCAGGGACAGAGGAGACCCCACGUUCUGGGGCAGUAUU